AUGGCCAUCUCACUUGCGCUCACUGCAGCCACGGGCACAACCGACCAAGUCCCGCCCACCGACGCGCAGCAGCAGCAGCAGCAGCAGCAGCAGCAGCAGCAAGAUCAACAAAUACACACGCCACACGGCCCCUCUGGCAUUUCUCCGCUCCUGUCUCAGCUUCAGGACCUCGCCAUGCAGCGGCCCGAUUGGCGGAGCAGCAGCAGCAGCAGCAAGGACAGCACGGCACCCCCCGAUGUCUCCGGCAGUCCUACAGUCAAAGAAGAAGAAAAAGUCGGCGAUAUCCCCCGCCGCAAGGUCCCUGUCCAUGUCCUCCAGGAUUACCAGAUUGGGCUCACACUGCUGCACCGGCGCGGGCAGCUGCAGAGCGCCUACCGACAGUCGCGGGUCGAGUACCUGCUGGCCCGGCAGGAAUCUAUGAAGGACAGCUACGGGCAACUGCUCCUGUGGGCUCUCGAGCGGUCAUCGCCGCGCACGGAAGACGAGGCGGAGAUAUUGACGGACCUCAAGCGACUGCUGGAAGCCGGGUUAGUGGCGAUUCAGCGCGCCAUGAAGGAGCCGCCGACCUUCAAGCUUACCGACGAGGACCUCCAGUUGAUACAGCUGAAUCAAUUGCGGUACACGAUGAGGGACAAGCACAACGCCGAGGGUCUGAUCGACCCUGACGAGGGAGUUAGGAAGACGUUGAAAACAAGGUUUAGCUCCGAGGAGAAGUUCGAAGAUCUGGGGUUGCACUUGAGCAGUCGGCUCGCCUGA